AUGCCUCCAAAGCAAUCAUCAGGUACAGGCCGUGGCCGAGCAAAAGCCGCAACGAAGAAAGGCGCCAAGGCAUCAGAACCUGAAUCCGAACCACAAUCGAGCAAUCCAUUUGAGCUCUCAGAUGACGAUAACGAUCGCCACGGGAACUCAACGCGUGGAGAACAAGCUGUAGAGGAAGAGGAACCCGACAAGUCGAUCCCGCCAGAGCUGCUCACACGGUUGCUGCACGAAUUCUUCGCUAAAGAUGCGACGCGGAUAUCAAGAGACGCAAACGCCGCAGCGGGCAAAUACUUUGAUGUGUUUGUGAGAGAGGCUAUUGCGAGAGCGGCUGUCGAGAAGGAUGGCGGAUUUCUCGAAGUUGAGGACUUGGAGAAGGUAUCACCACAGUUGUUGCUGGAUCUUUAA